AUUUAACUUAUAUGUACCUAGCCAACCCUUAAAAUUAUCCCAAUAAUUUAUCCAGAAGCCUGUGAGGGGCAGCAGGAAAGCUAGCGGCCUUCUAACCAUUGAAAAACAUUAAAAACCCGAUAAAAUUAGAACAGCAAAAUGGCAUUUCUCAGGGCACUGGUCGCAACUACUACAGCAGCAGCCUCAGCUGUACCAGCCGCUCUUGCUCUCUCCUCCUCCUCUUCUUCUUCUUCCAAAUCUUCACAUUUCCCAGCUACCAAUAAUCUCCCGUUCCUCUCUUCUCCAACGAAUCCAUUGGGCCUCUCAAGAAGCUUCACCGGUCCACCCACUGCCCUUCACAUGGAUGCACCCACAUCCGAUCACAAACCCACCUCCUCUCCUUCCCAGGAAGUUGGGUCCUUGCCUGAGCUACUUACGGAGUUCAUGGUGGAUAUGAAGUGUGAGGGUUGUGUCAGUGCUGUCAAGAACAAGUUGGAGACUGUCAGUGGGGUAAAGAAUGUGGAGGUUGACUUGGCCAAUCAAGUCGUGAGAGUACUUGGUUCUUCACCUGUGAAGAUCAUGACUGAAGCACUGGAGCAGACAGGGCGAAAAGCCAGAUUAAUUGGCCAAGGAGUGCCAGAAGACUUUUUAGUUUCAGCAGCUGUUGCUGAAUUUAAAGGUCCAGAUAUUUUUGGUGUGGUUCGCUUGGCUCAAGUGAGUAUGGAAUUGGCUAGGAUUGAAGCCAAUUUUAGUGGGUUGUCACCAGGAAAACACGGUUGGUCUAUUAAUGAAUAUGGUGAUCUGACAAGAGGUGCAGCAAGCACCGGUAAAGUCUAUAAUCCAUCAAAUGAAGGAACUGAUAAAGAGCUGCUUGGUGACCUGGGAACACUUGAGGUGGAUGUUAAAGGUGAUACCUUUUCCUCAGGUGUCAAACAGCGGCUCAGAGUUGCUGAUCUCAUUGGUCGUUCUAUUGUAGUCUAUGAGACUGGAGAUAAAUCGGAUCCAGGUUUGAGAGCUGCAGUGAUUGCUAGAAGCGCUGGUGUUGGUGAGAACUACAAGAAGAUAUGCACAUGUGAUGGCACUACCAUUUGGGAAGCAAGUAACACAGACUUUGUUACCAGUAAGGUCUGAGAAUGCUAGAUUUUACCGUGCAAUUUGUAUUACUGAAUUAAGGAUUCUCUAUGUUUAAAUGAUAUUGAAGUAACUUCUAAGUUUGAUGGACGGAAACAGAAGAAAGCUCUGUUCAAUAAAGGAGAUGUGUACGAUGCGUCAUUUAAGGGGAAAGCUGCUCCAUCUUGUAUGCAUGUACCUUUUUUGAGAAAAUAAAAAUCUUUGUUUUCC